AUGGAACCACAUAACAUCACACGUGUGUCACAGUUUGUCCUCUUAGGGUUCUCACAGACCCAGGAGCUCCAGAAACUACUAUUCCUGGUAUUCCUCAUUGUCUAUGUCACCACCAUCAUGGGAAACCUCCUUGUCAUGGUCACUGUGACUUUUGACUCCCGACUCCACACACCCAUGUAUUUUCUGCUCCGAAAUCUGGCAGUCAUAGACCUCUGCUAUUCCACGGUCACUUCCCCAAAGAUGCUGGUGGACUUCUUUCACGAGCCCAAGAUUAUCUCCUACCAGGGCUGCAUGGCCCAGAUCUUCUUCCACCUCUUGGGAGGUGCAACUGUCUUCUUCCUCUUGGUCAUGGCCUAUGAUCACUACAUAGCCAUCUCCAGGCCCCUCCACUAUGUCACCUUCAUGAACACUAGGUUGUGUGUGGGACUGGUGGUAGCUGCCUGGGUAGGGGGCUUUGUCCACUCCAAAGUCCAGCUGGCUCUGCUGCUCCCACUGCCAUUUUGUGGCCCCAACAUCCUGGAUAACUUCUACUGUGAUGUUCCACAAGUGCUGAGACUCGCCUGCACAGACACCUCUCUCCUGGAGCUCCUCAUGAUUUCCAACAGUGGCAUGCUGGUCCUCAUCUGGUUCAUACUGCUUCUGCUCUCCUACUCUGUCAUCCUGGUGAUGCUCAGGGCACACUCAGGGCAGGCCAGGAGGAAGGUGGCUUCCACCUGUACCACCCAUAUCAUCAUGGUAUCAAUGAUCUUCAUUCCCUGUAUUUAUAUCUACUCCCGGCCCUUCAUCCCCCUCCCCAUGGGCAAGGCUGUGUCCAUCAGCUACACAGUCAUGACCCCCAUGUUCAACCCCAUGAUCUACACCCUGAGGAACCAGGAGAUGCAGGCAACCGUGAAGAGGCUAGGCAAGAACCUAGUUGUUUGCGGCAUGGCGUGA